UUCGGCGUCCCCGCGGCUCACCUUCGCGCCGAGGGUCGCGAGCCCGCUUCCCGCCGACGCUCUCCCCUGCCCUGCGGGCCGGCCCCCUGCCCUGCAGCGCCCCGCGCUCCCCCCGCCGGGGCCCCUGCUGCCGUUCCUCCGGGCUGCGCCGAGCCGGGGCACUUUCAUUUGUUUGCUCCCGUUCCCCCUCUUUGUUGCGCUAAAACCACUCAAGCCCAGACCCCCCCCCCCACCCCCCCGGCGGGAGCCCGACCUCUCCGCGGACUGCAGCGGACCCGACCGCCGGGGCGCCCCGCCGCCCGCCUUCGUCCCGGGGGAAGCCCGCCGAGAGCUCAUAGAUGCACCCAUUCCAGUGGUGUAACGGGUGUUUCUGUGGCCUGGGACUGGUUAGUACCAACAAGUCCUGCUCAAUGCCACCCAUCAGUUUCCAGGACCUUCCCCUCAACAUCUACAUGGUCAUCUUCGGCACGGGCAUCUUUGUCUUCAUGCUCAGCCUCAUCUUCUGCUGCUAUUUUAUCAGCAAACUCCGGAACCAGGCACAGAGUGAACGAUACGGCUAUAAGGAGGUGGUACUUAAAGGAGAUGCCAAGAAACUGCAAUUAUAUGGGCAGACCUGUGCAGUCUGUCUGGAAGACUUCAAGGGGAAGGAUGAGCUAGGUGUGCUCCCAUGCCAACAUGCCUUUCACCGGAAGUGUCUGGUGAAGUGGCUGGAAGUACGCUGUGUCUGCCCUAUGUGUAACAAACCCAUUGCUGGGCCCUCGGAGGCCACACAGAGCAUCGGGAUCCUAUUGGAUGAGCUGGUGUGAGUGCUGCCUCUGCACCAAGGCCUGGAGAAGACCUCUUGCUUCACGGGUGCCUGGUCCUUCUGCACAGCUACAGAGAACUAAACUGUUGGGUAGUGGUUGACGUGCUUACCUGAAGGGGCAGUAAUGCAGGGCUGGUCUCCCACCAUCAGGGUAAGGCCAGAGUUGUCCCACCUUUCUGCCUCCUGAAGCCUUCUUUCCUGCUACUCAGAACUAAUGGUGUCACCCAUCAAAAAAAACACUGUAUCCUGGUACUGGCCUGUCUACCUGCCUGUCCCUGCUGGGGAAGCCAAUCUGCUCUUCUCUGAGAACCUGGAGUUACCCCUGGAGGAUUCCCCUUAGGAGGACAGGCUGCCCUGACCUAGAAGAAGGGACAAGAUGGGCCGUGUCCCACCUGUAACCUCCCUCCCCUCUUCACUCCUUGUAUAGAAAGGUGAGAAGGGGAGGUAGGAAGGUUGGUCUGUCAAGGAACCAUCAAGGAACCAAGUGCCUCCAGUGGAAGGGAGGGAAGGCUCUAUAGGAAGUCAGGAAGAGCAGGGACAUGGGAAAAGGAAAGUCAAUGUUUACAUGGGGCCUUUGUGACUGCAGGGUCAUGGAGGGCAUGUGCUUUCCACUCCCUGCUGGAGUCUGAGGUGCUAUCCGUUCACUCUCUUCCUCAGUUAAUCUCCAAGCUUCCUAUUCUGUGUUGGGGUUUGAAUGCCCCCCGCUAGAGGAAGGGCUUGUUCUCUAUUCAGAUGAAUUCCUAGAGGCUUUUUUUUAAAGGAGCAAGGGGCCUGGGGUUAGGGGUGUCUGAAGGUUAGGGCAGCAACAGGUACCUUCUUCCCCUUUGUAAAUAGUAUUUUUAUACUUUCUCCUCACCAUCUCAGGCUUUAUAUGUGGGAGCCCCUGAAUGGAGGGAGGGGGGUGUCCUCGCCCCCACCUGGAGCAGGUGAGGGUGGGGCAAAGGUAUGUAUUUAAAGAAAAUUAAAUUUAAUAACAAGUUUCUCUAACUUUUUGCUUGUGGUUGUGGCCUAUGUCUCUGGGGCACUUUUCUGCCAGCAGAGGAAAGAGUUCUCUUUCUGCUGCUUCUCACUUCCCCAUGCACAGAGCACCCUAAAUCUUGAAAAGAAAAAUUGUUAUCAGGUUAUUAUGUGUAUGACCUAGGACUAACAGCAAUGUACUUUUUAAAGAUUUUAUUUAUUUAUGAGAGAUACACAGAGAGGCAGAGACACAGGCAGACAGAGAAGCAGGCUCCCUACAGGGAGGGAGCCCAAUGCAGGACUCGAUUCCAGACCCCAGGAUCACGCCCUGAAGGCAGAUGCUCAACCGCUGAGCCACCCAGGCGUCCCAAGUCUUCUAUUCCAACUCAAAAGUCACCCCGCUGGGGCCCUUACCAUUCUCACUAGGGCUUUUUAUGCCUGCCUGAUUUUGCCAUGCCCACCCAUCCCCGACCAACAGCCUGUGGCUUCCAGUCUACCACCCUCUGCUUUCUGGGUGUCAGAAUAACAUGGAUGCCCUUGACCAUAUCACUCAGUACAGGUGAAUCUUUUUCUGUCAAAGCCAUAGGCACAGAUUCAGAGCAACGGAUGGGAUCAAACUGGAGACAAGGAGGU